AUGGUUUUAAAGGUGGAAAGCACCAAGAGCUCAAGUGCAACCUUGCCCCCCAACGUGCCUUCCUACAGGUCCCUGUCCUCCCAUGAGGAUUGCCCUAGCAGCCACACCAGUUUCUCAGAUGGUGAGCUUGCUCGGAAUGUGAGGGAAGGUGUCAAGCAUCGAAUCUUCUACCUUUCAGAGCAGCUGAGAGUGGAGAAAGCCAGUAGGGAUGAGAAUACCAUGAGCUACCUCAAGCUGGUAUCCAAAGCUGACCGACAUCAGGCUGCACAUAUCCGGCAGGCCUUUGAGAGGGUGAACCAGCGCACCUCUGCCACUAUUGCUCACAUAGAACGAAAGCUAUAUCAGUGUCACCUGCAGCUGAAGGAGCUGGAAGAGGGCUGCAGCCCUACAAGCUCAGUGCUGAAAGUGGGCAGUGGUGUGGACAGUUGUAAGCAGCCUGGUGCAAAGGUCUCAUACUCCAAGUUGUCCAAGCCAGGUGGGGAAGAUAGCAUGCCCAUCAAUAUAGCUAGACCCUACCCUCUGGAGAAUCACUUGUCAGGCAUGCAACAGAGGAAAUUCUCGGACAAAAAGUAUGUGGCUCAGCAACGAAAGCUGCUGUUGCAGAAGAUGAAGGAAGAACUGACAGAAGCUAAGACGGUCCAUGUUGGUCUUCAGGUCUCCCAUCAAAGCCUCAAAGAAAGUCAUGUAACUAAUGUGCGGGAGAUACUGGAAUCCCUCCAGGAAAAGAAAGCCAGACAAUCACUGAUGGAAGAACAGGCAAAUGAUCACUUGCAGAGAUACUUGGAUGAGAUUUGCCACCUCAAACAGCAUUUAGCAUGCACUGAAGAGAAAAUGGCCUAUUUAUCCUAUGAAAGAGCCAAAGAAAUAUGGGAUGUAAUGGAGACUUUCAAGAGCAGAAUAACCAAGCUAGAAACUCUACAGCAAGCUACCCAACUGGAGAUGAUGGCCAGCCUCAGAACCCGUCCCAAGGACUUUUUGUUCAGAUUUGUAAGCCUGCUUCUCACACUGACCACUGUCCUCUUGGUCUUGGUCUCUACCUUGUGUUCUUGCCCCUUGCCUCUGCUUAACUCACGCCUGCGUACAUUCACUGUAUUCGUGUUGAUUGGCCUUGGGUUCUUGGCUUGGCAGAAGCGGCAUAUCAUCUCCAUCAUGGACUGGCAGGCCUGGGUCCCCUUCAAGUGGAAACAAGACUUCAAGGAUACUAAACCUCCAUUAGAUGGACACUGA